CGCGCGAUGCCAUUUCCCUUCCGGAGAUCCCAAGAAACGAAACGAAACGAAACAAAUACACACAGACACACGAGCCGGCUCCCCUCACCCCCGAGCAUUCGCCAGUGAGAGAGAGAGGGAGAGCAUGGCGUCCAACACCGCACCUGCGCCCGCCGCCGACGAUGAGCUGCUGCACGAGUUCGGCCCGCUGCUCCGAGUCUACAGGAGCGGCCGCCUCGAGCGCCCCCUCGUGCUCCCGCCCGUCGCGCCGGGGCUCGACCCCUCCACCGGUGUCCAGUCCAAGGACGUCGACCUCGGCGCCUACUCCGCCCGCCUCUACCUGCCCCCCACCGCCGCGACCACCACCGCGAAGCUCCCCGUCAUCGUCUACGUCCACGGCGGCGGCUUCGUGGCCGAGUCCGCAAAGUCCCCCAACUACCACCGCUUCCUCAACGACCUCGCCUCCGCCUGCCCGGCCCUCGGCGUCUCCCUCGACUACCGCCUCGCGCCGGAGCACCCGCUCCCGGCGGCGUACGACGACUGCCUCGACGCGCUCCGCUGGGUGCUCUCCGCGGCGGACCCCUGGGUGGCCGCGCAC